CGUCAGGAGGGUUCCCUCCCCGCGCGGACGCAGCCCGGCCGCCCAGGGCCGCAGCCAUGGCCGAGGCGGCGGGGAGCGGCGGCGGCAGGUCCUGGAAGCGUCACAUCGUCCGGCAGCUGCAGCUGCGGGACCGGGCGCAGGGCGGCCGCUUCCUGGACGUGGUGCAGGCCUAUACCAAACUGUUGGAAAAGUCCAGCUUGCUGGUGCAUUUCACAGAGAAGCUACAGGCUGAGUCCUUUGAUCUCCAGGCCCCUAGGUCAGGGCGGGAAACCAAGGGCUGCGUGCUGGAACCAGGCUUGGGCCCCACGGAAGCGCUGCAGACCCUGAAGAUAAAGUACCAGGGGCAAAUUGCGGAGAUGAAAGACGUCAGUGGGGAGUUGGCGUAUCGAAUUAUUGAACUGAGCAAAUUACUCAAGGCCAAAGAGUGUAAACUGCAGGAGCAGAAAACCAGGCUGGCGUCCCUGAGCGGACGGAUCUCUGAGCUGGAAGCAGAGCAGCAACAGCUGAAGGGCCAGGCGAAGGAUCUGGGCAGCGGGAACUGUGCCAUGAAGGCGGAAUACGACGCCCUUCGUGAGCGUUACCAGCUCCGGGAGGGGGAGCUGCGGCGAGCGGCCGAGAAGGAGCAGGAGCUGAUUGAGAGCCUGGUGCGGAAGAGAGUGGAAGCUGCCGAGCACCAGAACAAGAAGAACGAGAGGAUGAAGCAGGCCCAGCUGUCCCGGGAGCUGAAGAAGGCGACAAAGAGAACCGUCUGUAUCAACGUGGAAUUGGACGAGGUGAAGCCGAAGCCGGAAGAGGUGAAAGUGCCCAUCCAAGACCUGGUGGAACUGGAGGGCUGCGAGAAGCUGUGGAAAAGGCCCUUCAGAUCCGCCUCCGCCACGUCCAUGACUCUGGCCCGGUGCGUGGAUGUCUUCAAGGGGCUGCUGGAUUUCAGGCUGAAACGAGGGAAUUCCAUCAGCAGCGGAUCAGAGGUGUGCUACCGCUCCAUGCCCAUCUGCCUCGUCACCUGCCUGCCGUCCCGAGUCAGCGACGUCCAGGAGGCGCACUUCUCUGAGGUGAAUGCAGUCAAGUUCAGUCCCAGCUCUGGCGUGCUGGCCACGGGCGGGGCCGACAGUCUCAUCAGGCUCUGGAACGUGGCGGGAGGGAGGCUGGAGAGCCUGCAGACCUUGGAAGGGGCUAGCGGCAGCAUCACCAGCAUCGAGUUUGACCCGUCGGGCUGCCAGAUCUUGGCGGCGGCGUACAACAAUGCAGCGCAGCUGUGGCGUAUCGGGGACUGCAAAUCCAAAGAGACGCUCACAGGCCAUGCAGACAAAGUGACGGCUGCCAAAUUCCGCUCCACCCGCCACCAAGCGGUGACGGGCAGCCGGGACAGGACCGUCAAAGAGUGGGACCUGGGCAAAGGGGCCUGCUGCAGGACCAUCAACGUCUUCUCCUACUGCAACGACGUGGUGUGCUGUGACAACGUCAUCGUGAGCGGCCACCACGACAAGAAGAUCCGCUUCUGGGACAGCAGGGGGCCCCGAUGCACAGAGGUGAUCCCGGUCGAGGGGAAGGUCACCUCCCUCCACAUCAGCCAGGACCAGAUGCACCUGCUGAGCUGCUCCAGGGAUAACACGCUGAAGGUCAUCGACCUGAAGAUGAACAAUGUCCGGCAGGUGUUCCGGGCCGACGGCUUCAAGUGCGGCUCGGACUGGACGAAGGCGAUCUUCAGCCCUGAUAAGAGUUACGCCCUGGUGGGCUCCUCAGACGGCUCCCUCUACCUCUGGAACAUGGAGAGCGGGAAACUGGAAACGAUCCUGUCUGGGGAGCACAGGGCCUCCGUGAAUGCCGUGGCCUGGUGCUUCUCGGGCCGGUGUGUUGUGAGCGUGGACCAGGCGAAGAAGGUGGUGCUCUGGCAGUAGUGCUCAGCGUGAUGCCGGCCUGGGGAGGAGUCCAGAGGGGACACCAGCCCUACUGUUCAGCUUCCCCAGACCGAUGCAGCCCAGGGCUGCAGAGUGGAAAACCCCCUGGAGGGGCCGGGGUGGGGUUAGAAGCCGCGUCUGCUGCUCUCCGAAGACCUCUGCCUUCUCCAGCAACUCAGCCCCCGAACUGCAGCCGGGGCACUUAACAGGGCGCUGACAUUUUGUAAAAGGAAGAUUAGAAAACCAAGGGCAAGUUUUCUAUCUCUGACCGCCGGAGCGGGAAGCUGCAGGGCCAGCGUCCGCAGGAACGGGCCUGUGAAGGGCAGAAAUAUCCACCGGACUCCGGCUAUGGGACAUUCGGGAGGGGGAGGAGCAGUUUGUGCCCAGCAUUUAACCCUGUGGCUGGGGGUGACCUGCUCACUCAUGCAUCUAGGGGCCUGGACUCCAUGGGGCUGUCCACCCUCCAUUGAAACCCGCUGUCUGUGGGACCCAGGCGUGAGGACUCGGCGUUUCCAAACCUGCUCUGGAGUGCCACUCUGCAUUGUAAACCAGAGCUGGGCCUCUCGGCCAUGCUCACGCAUCCACACGGCCCGACGCCGCGCUUCUGACUUGGGUCUGCGGCCUGAGCUGCGUCCACACUGCAGAACGAUGGGGCCUGGAACCGAGUCACAGCGGGACUCGGACUCUGACCCAUCCCCCAGCAGGGUCCGAGGACGCAGUCCGGAGUCCUUGCUGACCCAAGUCAGGCUCGCGUGUGUGGACAGAAGUGGAGCUCGGCUCCAACCCGAGUCAGAGCCUGGGCUCAGUGUGCAGUGUAGACAUACCCAAGGGGUUAAUGAGCCGGGUCUCUAGGCUCUCCUCCAACCCCAAUAAUCCACCCUGACCAAUCGGUGCCUCCCACAGGUGACUAAGGCUAACUGCCCGAGGGGCAGAGGAGUGAGAUCCUGGACCCAGUGCAGUCUGUGGCCAAGCUCCUGUUAACUGCAGUGGAACUAGGAGAGGGGGCUGCUUUGGGAAUAAGGGAUCGCCCCUUGGGACACCAUCUCCAUGGCUUGGGCAGUCAUGCCAAGCCAAGAGCCAUAGACACCAGCCUUGUGGGCUCCAGGCACGGUCCCUGGGCACUUUUCCCCUAUUGUCUCCUCUCCAUCCCUUCCUGCCUCUGCUAGCUGGCUCUAAACUGUGCCUGGGGUGGGUCCAAUCCCCUGAUCUGCCCUCUGCAGAGGCUUUGCCUUUAAUGAUCCCAGAGGGGCUGUGCCUGGCUCAAAUGCAGGGAGGAAGGGGGCUGUGGUUGCUGAUGGAUUCAGUACUCUAGCAAAGAAGGCAUCAAAUACAAGGUUCAGCCCGCCCAGUGCUCGGUGGCUAGGGAGUUGCCCGCCCCCUGAUUCCACACGGGCAAUGGCAAAGCAGGCUCGGGGGGAAACCCGAUCCCCUGAGUUCGGCCUGCUCUGCCACGCGAGCCAUGGAGUUCGUUUGUCACCCCAAAUAAUCUUCGUGCCUUUUGAGCGUUUGCCGGCAGGGGGAGAGGCCCCUGCUGGGAGCGCAGGGCACGGCCCGUGGUGGGUGUGUGCACUAGGCUCAUCCGGGUAGAGAUGCCCCCGCCGUGUGACAGAUCGUGCCAUGGCUGUACGGCUGAAUGGGCAGGGCAUGGCCAGGUGGGACACACGUGCAGCCGGCUGCACCAGGCAGGUCAUCACCAGUCCUGCUGCUCAAUGUGCACCUGCCAUGCCACGGGGCGGCGAGACCUGCCAGGGCACUUAGAUACAUCUGGCUAAUGCCCCCCCAACUAUGCCAGGCAUUGGCCGUGUAAGGUUCCUAGGUCAAUGGCAGGGGAAGGCCCAGUAGCGGACAUGUGUCUAACCCUACCACUCCAUAUUCUUCUCUGGGACUGUAACGUCAUGGCAGCGGGGUCCUAGGAAUACAGCUUUAAAACACGG